AUGGGGAUUGGGAAGCGGAAAGGCACUCGAGACGCGCGGCUGCCUGCGAAGGUGCUUUGGAUGCGGCGGCAGCGCGUGCUGCGGCGGCUGCUGAAGAAGUACAGAGACGCGAAGAAGAUCGACAGCCACAUGUGGGGUCUUUGGGUACCACAAGCUGUACGUGCGGUGCAAGGGGAACCAGUUCAAAAACAAAAGAGUUUUGAUCGAAGCAUCGAAGCAAUUCACAAUGAGAAGAACUUGAAGGUCAAGGAGAAGGCGCUGCAGGAGCAGGUGGACGCGCGGAAGCAGAAGGCAGCAGCCCAGAAGGAAAAGAGGAAGCUGAAGGAAGAAAACAAAAAGGCCGGAGUUGCUGCUGCCAAGCCCGCGCAGUAG